AUGUCGUUUGAAAGGUCGCGGCAAAAUUGCUCAGAAAUAGAUUUGGACGAGAUUUACCCAAUAAGGAAGGAGGCGGAGCAACCUAGAGGGUCCCUGCAAGAAUAUGGAAACCCCAAGCCCUUCCAAGACAAUUUUGUUCAAAAAGAAACCCGGUCCUCAUCAGUCCCUGUGGAAAGUAACCUGGAUUGGGUAGCUUCCCUUGUGGGUAGCGAAAAUGGGUCGAAAGAAAACGAUAUUGGACUCGCCUACAGUAAGCCUAUCGUAACCCAAGAGUCAAUGACAACUGCAGAGCCGCUGCCUAACCUCGUCUACAGUAAGCCUAUCGUAACCCAAGAGUCAGUGACAACGGUAGAACCUCUGCCCAACCUCGCCUACAGUAAGCCUACCGUAACCCAAAGGUCAAUGGCAACUGCAGAACCGCUGCCCAAUGGACAUAAAGAUGCUGGAGCUGAUGACUGGCUACGGUCUCUAGUUACUUCUGAGCAUCCUGCUCCAGCAGCAAAGGAGCUCGUAGAUCAAAAAAUAACCAAAGAACUACCCAAAGAUGUUGAGCAACCCAAUGUCCAAUCAAUUCCUGCUCCAGAGCCAAUAAAUGACCUAAUCCAUAAGGUUUUUGACCGAGAAGACGACCCGAAUGCCAAAAAUUCGAAAAAAUGCAGUUGUGCUGCUUGUGAAACCGAUGCCACCGCCUCCACACCAGUACCAGCCGAACGAAAACGACGUUUAGCGCAGAAAGAAGAGGUGUCUAUUUGA